AUGAGUUCCUACAUUCAAUCCUAGUUUACUAUUUCGGACAAAUAAAUGUUUGAUUUUACAAAGCCAUAACCAAAUUCAGAUUCGGAUGAGGAGGAAUUAAAUAAAUCAUUGCUAUUAAUGAAUAAUAAAGAUUAUAAAAAAUAAAAGAAGCUUCUCGAUAUUGAAUCGAUAAAAACUGAAUUAAAUAAUUUACCACCUUUCACUUUUGAUCCUUAACAAAAAAAAUAUAGUAAAAAAUUUCAGAAAGCAAGUUUACGAACUUUAUCGAAUACAUUCGUUCCAACUUCACCUGUUUUAAUAGAGUAGCUCGGACAAGUAAAAGCAGUAAAGUACAUGAAAGAAUAAAUUCCCCCAGAAAUAAUGCAUAAAGUGUAUACUUAAUUAAGGUAUAACUUCCUUAGCAAUUAGGUAUUAAUACUUUCCAGCCUUUAAUAUGGUAUAUAGAUAGGGAGACCAAAAUAAAUACUAUUAUAUUAUUCUAGAUGGAAGGUGCGUAGUGUUGAAACCAAAAGAAAAAAUGGUUGGAAUGAAUAGUAUCGAAGUUGAAUUAGAAUAGGAAAAUAAAUCAACACUCGAUCCUUAUGGUCUAAAGAGUUUAUUUCCAGAGUAUAUGAUGAUGAAAAUGCUAUUUUCUGGAGAGUAUAAUUUUUUUAUCGAAAAUUGUUAGUUCUUUUGGUGAAGUUGCUAUAAAAUUGGAAACUUCUAGGGCUUCAACAGUCUUUGCAGUUGAAAAUACUCAUCUCUUAUAUAUGACUGAAGCAGCAUAUGUUUAGUUAUUGGAUCCUUAUUUAAGUGAAGCAUUAGAAGAAAAAAUAUAAUAUUUUAAAAAAAAUACACUUUUUACUUCAGCUGAUUCAGACUUGAACGAGAUAAUGGGAAUUUUGUUAGAAUGCAGAAAAAUAACGUAUAAAGCUGGAGAAAUCAUAUAUGAAGAAGGGAGCAAAUCGAAUUCGUUAUUUUUUAUCAUAAAUGGAGAAGUUUAACUUUCCAAAAGAAUUGGAGAGAGAAAUCUCGUAUUAUCAUCUUAUGGAGAGCACUAAUAGUUUGGAGAAGUGGAAAUUUUAAAUAAAGUCGCUAGGUUUACAACUGCAAGGGCAAUAUCACCUAGAUUAAUUGUGUAUAAAAUAAGAAAAAACAAAUUUUUUAAUAAUCUAGGUAACUUUAUUGUGUAUGAUAAUAUGAAGAAAUAAUCAAAAUUAAUCCUUUAACAUUGGAAUUUAAUAUAUAAAUCUGCGAUGGCAUAAAUUAGUGAUUAAAAUAAUGUAAAAAAGCUUAAUAUCAGUAUAGGGUUAUUUACAUAUUGAGAAGAGAAAAACUUAAGAAAAAAGGAAAAAGUAUCAAUCUAAUAACCAUAGCAUGAGUUAAGUUUAAGUAUUUCAAAAUAUGACAGAAUCAGGUAUAAUAAAUGAUGAUUCUUGCGAACUACCAACAGAAGAAAAGGGAUAGAGAGUUUUUAGUAAUGCACUUCAAUAAUAUUAGUAAAAAUUAAAGAAAUUUGGAAAUCAAAAUUUCGAAACCUAAACUAAAUAAGUUAGAGAACUGUAUUAAAAUACUUAAAUUAUUAAGUACUCAUAUUGAUGAGAGAGCAGUUCCUAAAGUGAGGUAGAGGAAGUUAGAAAAAUUCUCUUUUCAUGCUAAAUUGCCUAGCAUAAGUCCUAAUAAAAUACUUCCCU